GUUCACCCGCUCGUCACCGCGGCUGAUCAGACAGAGACAGGUAGAUAUUGAUCAGUGAAGGUUAAGUUUGAUGUUACGUCCUCCUUGUGGCACGCCAGAGAUUCCCUUAUCAAAAUCAUAUUUCCGUAUAUAGACAACAAAUCGAAAUACAAACAGGGAAACCCUACCGUCGAAGCAAUUUAUCUGUAGUGUAACUAGGCAGUACAUUUUUUGACACUCGCAUUUCUUCCUUUUCUCUAAUUGUUUAAUAUUAAACAACGAAAAUUAGAGGGAAAUUUCUUAUCUACACAAUAGAUGACUUAUUAUGUUAAACAGAUAAAGCAAUUUGGCUGAACGCUAGCGGAAAGGUGACGGAUAUGGUCCAGGGUCAUCAUGUUCUCUUGUCAAAAUUUUUAAUGGUUUUUACGUGUCAUUUAACGGGAAGGAAUCCUCUGUCUGUCACUCAACAUGGCUCUCGGGGAUUCAAUUGACCAUUCAAUUAUAACCAUGGAUUAAGAAUAUAUGUGUUCAGAAAUUAUAAACAGAUUGUAAUGUAUUCUCUUGGCCAGGUUAAUCAGUUCUAACCGGCCCAGGUAUUCUACACGGCUUACCUGGUUCAUGCAACAGGUGUUGUACUUCUUUCUUAUAUAUGCAUAAAGACAAUAAUCAUAAAACAUGUAUAUACAUUAUAUACGUUAAACGGAGGGCCAAAAUGUUCGGAAUGGGGGUGCAAACUAUGCAGUUUGCAAUGACGUUAUGCUUCGAAUUUGCAAUUGCAGUUCUAGGGGGUAACUAUCAUUUUAAAAGUGAACUUAUAAACAAUCAAAAGGCAAGCAGGGGAUAGAAAUUUGAUACACCCCCGGUGAAGUUAAAAGAAAAGAGUUAAAACAAUAGUCGACACACCAGGAGGUAUUCAAUGUCUAUAUAUUCCCAGUUCUCGGCUGUUCGGUAAUCAUUUAACUUCCAUCAUUCACCAGCCCCCGGUCCAGAAUCGCCAUGGUUGUAUCUGAUUUGUCCAUCUGCUGCUCGGUCGUGGGGGAUGGGAUGGUCGGCAAGUCCAGCCUGAUUCAGUCCUUUGUCCAUCAGGAGCCCCCUUCUGGAUAUUUGGCCACGGUCGUGGAGAACUACGAUGCUUUGAUGUCAGUCUACGGUGACAAUUAUCUGGUCAGCAUCACAGACUUUGGGGGUGAGCAUACCAAUGCCUUUCUGAAGUCACCAAACAACAAAGCGGUAUUUGUGGUCUGUUACAGCGUGGUGGAUCGUGAAUCGUUCAGAAAUGUCAGAGAAUUCUGGAUACCUUCCAUCAAGAAUCUCAAAAAGAAACAUGACAUUGUCCUCGUGGCUACCCAUGUAGAUAUCAGAGAAUCCAAAGAUGUGGAUCACGUGACCUUUGAUGAAGGAUUCGAUUUAUGCAGAGAAGUUAAUGGACAUACUUUCAUUGAAUGCUCAGCUGCCGAUAGGAUUCGAACCAAACAGGUUUUCGAGAGUGUAGUAUCCUCAGCCCUGGCGAAAAAGAAAACAAGAUUCAGUGUUCUUCGGAAAUUCAUUGGACGAUGACAUUGCGAGAAAUUAAGUAAGUUUCGGCCCUGAAACUGUUGUUGCAAUCGUUGGUGCAAGCGUUCGUGUGACGCAGUGCUGAUAACAGUAUCAUCAUGUAGCAUGGACUGGCCCACGUGGUACAGCAAGAUUAAACAUAUGACGCUUACAUGCAGAAAUAGACAAAUUAUCUGAUGUAUCAAAGUCAUGUGAUAUAGAUUUAUUUAACAAUCUAUGUACAAUAUAUUUUAUAAAAAUAAAAACUCUAUAGCGAAACAAUGUUUCAAGGGUUUGUUUUAAAGUGUCUGAUUAAUUACUACUAGUACAUGUCAAGUGACAGUUUUAUCUUUUUCUGUAAAUGUUUAUCUGUUACAGUACAUUCUAAUCAAUGUGUAAAUAAAAAUGAAAU